AUGGCCCUGAUACAGAAAAACAGACAGCCUGUAAAUGGGGAAAGGGAUGUAGAUGAGACUACAGCCCUCAUAGGGUCCAGCAAGGUCAGGUAUGAUGACAGCACAGACACUCUGGUCAGUUCGUCAGGGUCAGCUAGCGACAGCGAUGAGGAGGAAAAGCCCUUGCCCAAGCUGCAGAUCUUCCUACUCUGCUAUGCGCGGGCAAUCGAGCCCCUGGCCUUCUUCUCCAUCUUUCCCUAUGUCAGCCAGAUGGUGCAGGACAACGGGGAUGUGCCAGACACGGACAUUGGCUUCUACAGCGGACUCAUCGAAUCAAUGUUCUCCCUAACGCAGGCCAUUGUCAUGAUAUUAUGGGGCCGAGCAGCCGACCGCCUCGGUCGCAAGCCGGUUCUGGUCUUCUCCUUGUUCGGCGUGACCGCGGCGACAGGUCUCUUUGGACUGGCAAAAAGCAUACCACAGAUGAUCAUAUUUAGAUGUCUUGCUGGUGUCUUUGCUGGGAUCAUCGUGACCAUCCGCACUAUGGUGGCCGAGCAUAGCACGCCUAGUACCCAGGCCCGGGCGUUCAGCUGGUUCGCCUUUAGCGGGAAUCUGGGAAUCUUCCUGGGGCCUCUAUUGGGCGGUGCACUUGCUGACCCAGUAGGGCAGUAUCCUGGUGUUUUCGGGACUGGUGGCUUCUUCGAAAAAUAUCCCUACUCGCUCUCAAGCUUUGUGGUGGCGAUGGUGGGAGCCACCGCUGCCGUGUCUACCGUUUGCUUUGUUGAGGAGACGUUGAAGAAGGAGCCAGUUGUGGUGGACCAUGAUGGCGAGGAGGCAGCAUGCGAUGUGCCGGCCCAGAGUGGUGACCUAUCGACAUGGCAGCUUCUCAAAUCGCCAGGAGUCGGUAUGGUCCUUUAUUCGUACGCGCAUAUCAUGGUCCUCGCAUUCUCUUACACAGCCAUUAUUCCCGUCUUUUGGUUCACUCCCAUCCACCUCGGGGGGUAUAACUUUACGCCUCUGCAAAUUUCGUUGAUGAUGGGUCUAAAUGGUGCUGCACAAGCUACAUGGCUCCUUCUGGUGUUCCCCCCAUUGCAGAAGAGAAUAGGAACCAAUGGAGUAAUACGUCUUUGCGCUUUUAUGUUCCCGUUAUUCUUCAUAUGCUGCCCUCUUGGCAAUAUACUUCUGCGGAUGGGCACCGAGGGGUCCGUCAAAGUCUUUUGGAUUUUCUUGCCGAUCGGGCUGGCGAUCGGCUGCGGAGUCAGCAUGAGCUACACAGCGAUCCAGCUCGCCCUAAACGAUGUUGCACCUUCGCCGAAGGUAUUGGGCACGCUGAAUGCGUUGGCCCUGACUGGUUCUAGUAUGCUGAGGGCCUUCUGCCCUGCUCUCUUCACCAGCCUCUUCGCUCUGGGGGCGAGGACACAGCUGGCUGGGGGGCAUGCCAUCUGGAUACUCAUGCUCGUACUUGCUUCAGGCUUAUCGGUUACAGCAAGAUACCUGCCAGAGCCCAGGCCCGCUGUCAAGCGCCGAAACAGCCCCAGGUGA